CGUCCGCAGAAACCGUGUCCCGAUCAGACGAAUUUCAACAGUAAGAUUUUACUUCAUAAAACACGAGCCUUGCAUUGUUCUUGGAAAGUUGUGUGCCCCCUGUUGCAAAUUCCCUCAGCCAUUUUGGGAGUCUGCCACUCUUAGGCCACGGCUCUCUUCAGUUGGCACAGAUAAAGACUCAGUUGGCACUCCACCAGCUGAAUGCAAUUGCUGGCAGAAGCGUCACUCCCCCUGCAAUUGCUUCACCUGCCUUGACCUUGCUCAACUUUCUUAAGGUCACUAUGUCCCAUCCAUUAUAUAAUCCCCGUGGGGGGACAUUCCCUAAUGGUCAGAGACCCAUUGUGCAUGGCCAGUAUGGGUCGCUUGGGUCACAGUCUGGACUGGAGCUGGGGGCAGCGCGUCCUGGCCCAGGUUCCAUGUCCACUUCUCGUGGGGGAUUGAUGGUUAACCAGCAGAUGCCCUUUGCUUUGGGACGUCAGUCGCAGAUUUCCCAAGACCUUGAAGCCACCAUAGACCGGAACGUUCGGGGUGCCCACGAGGAAUUUCGCCUUUUUACUCAAAUACUACAGCAACCAAAAACAGCAGAUCGCCGCUUGAGAAAGGACACAAGGGAUGAAGGGCUUUCCUCAGGCGGGACUGGUUACCCAGGUACUGGUGGCUCUUUGAGAUCUGAUAAGGAGGACUGGUCUCUGUACCAGGCCCCCAGCAAGCUCUUGGCAUCUUCUGGCUUGGAUCGUUCUUCCAGUUCCACACAGGUGUUCCAGUCUUCGAGUUUUGGUGGCAGUGGAGCAUCCAGCAGUUUGGACAGCCAACCUCCGCCAGAACAACGACCUUCACGCUACACCCCAGAAAGUGCCAGCAGCGUCCUCGCCAGCUUUGGACUCUCAAAUGAGGACCUAGAACUUCUAAGCCACUAUCCAGAUUAUCAACUGACACCUGACAACCUCCCAGUUAUUUUACGUGACAUCCGUAUGCGCAAAGCGAAUAGAAGCAUCGCUGAUAUUGAUGCAAGAUCUGAACUCAUUGGCUCUGACCCGCGGCACAGCAAAGUCAUUGACUAUGGACAUUUUAGUAAAUUUGGCUAUCCUGAGGAGAACGCAGAUGGCUAUGCAAGUGAAAACUUACCUAAAGAGUCACCCAAGUAUGGGAGGGAAGUCUCUGGACCCCCCUUUAGUGGCAUGGACAUCACAAAGCGUCCUCAGCCAUGCCAAGCAGCUUCAGGUCCUGCACAAGUUCCAAAGCUUCAGAAACCUCCACCAGUGGAUCCAAGACCCACCAAGACGAUCCCAACAAGACCACCUGUUUCCCAGUCUAUUUUACCAUCUUCCAGUCGACCACCUCAGAUGCCGCUGCCUCAGAUGCCGUCUCUUUUACAGAUGCCACCUCCACAGUUGGUGCCUCAGCUUGGUGUUCUUCCUCUGAUGACCGUCAAUCAUAUGUCCGGAGGUCCAGGCUCUAAAUGGAUCCCGUUCCUUUCAUCUCCAAUCAACGUACCUGCUGCAAAGAGACUUCCGACCCCCACCAUGAUGAAUGAUUACUCAGCAGCUACUCCAAGAAUCUUUCCUCAUACAUGCUCUCUAUGUAUCAUUGAAUGUGUCCAGAUUAAGGACUGGAUUGAACAUCAGAACACAAAUCUUCACAUUGAGCGUUGUAGACUUCUUAGGAAACUAUAUCCUGACUGGAAUGUUGAGGCUGUCUCUGUUUCAAGACCUGAGCCGAAGUCACAGCACAGCAGCUUGAAGCGUCGCACCCGUUCUCACUCAUACUCCAGAUCCCCCAGCCCGAAGAGGCACCAUGAUUCGUCAAGCCACCGUAAACGGUCACGUUCUCGAUCCCAUUCACGAUCACAGAGCCCUCGAAGGUACCACCACAAUAGGAGGACUCGAGUCAGCCCUUACAGACGAAGGUCCCGUAGUCCGCCAUCCCAUCGGUCAAGGUCUCCAGGUCACAGUAGUCAUUACAGUAGCAGUAGGCAUUCUCCUGCACGUCGAUCAAGCCCCCGUCGGAGCAGCUCCUCCCAACAGAGAUCUAGCAGUAGUGAACGACUGGCCAAAAAACUCAUGUCAUCAGCUGAGCUUUCCUCAAUCACAGAUAGUAGUACUUUGAAGGCAGUAGUGGAAUCCUUGGCACCAGCCCUACUUGCUGAACUAGCCAAGAAGAGAAGCAGCUCCACUGCUUCCUUGUCAAAGGGAAGUAGCAGCAGUUGGAGACGGUCUUCCUCUCCUAAGAGAAGUGAACCCUCCAGGUCAAGCAGACCCUCCACUUCAAAGACUACCAGCUCUUUAAAGAAUGUGAAGCCUAAAAGCAAGGAUGCCCCAGGCACUACCUGUUUACUGAGACUCAUGGGAAUUCCUCAAGGCACUACCAGCAAAGAACUGACUGAUGCCAUUAAACCCUUUGGCAAGAUUUAUACUGCCAUCCUUCUCAAAGCCAUUAAUGAGGCCUCAGUGUGUAUGGAAAGGGAGGAGGAUGCCAAAGCUUUGCUCAACUGUAAGAACCUGACAAUUCAUGGGCAGGUCAUUGAAAUCUCCAUGGAGAAGGAUGCAAGAGAUGAUGACAGAAAAAAAUCUGUGAAGACUGAAAAAACUGUAAAGAAAAAAGAGUUGACUACAACAAAGCCAACCCAGUCAGUGAAAGUAAAAGAUACCAACACAGUCAAGGCACCUUUGUCAGCUAAAGCAAAAGAGUCGACAAGUGUCAAGACAUCGCCGGUGACCAAGGCACCCCAAAAACCAAGUGACCCCAAAAAGACUGUACAGAAAGCUAAAGCUAAACCCUCUGCUAAACACACUGACAAACCCCCUGCUAAGGGUUCAGAGAGACCAGUUACCAAGAAGACUGUAAAGAAGGCAAUCCCUUGGAGAAAAAAUAUAGUUGAGAUUUCUGAUCUUCCAGAAGAAGGGGUUACUGAGGAUGAACUCACAAAAUUUGCGAAACCCUAUGGCCUCAUCUCAACUCCUGUCAUAGCAAUCACUCAGAAAAGGGCCUUCCUGCAAAUGCUUAACACAGAGGCAGCUGAAGCUAUGGUGAAGGCCUGCUCUGAAACCCCAGCUAAAAUUCAGGAGAAACAGAUAACAGUCAAGAUGAUGAUGCAACCUAUCAACCUGUACUACGUGGGGUCACUUUUCAGAGUACUGGUGGGCAUGGAGAAGUCUCCUGAAAUUGUUAAAUUGCCAGAACGUCUACUCAUCGUUAAAAAUGUGCCUAAAACACUUGAAGCAAUCAAGGAAGUAGAGAUCCUGAUCCAGCGCCAUGGUACCUACAAGAAGCAUUUGCCUUUAAAUGGCAGGGUGAUUUUUGAAAUGGAGAGUGCUGUUACUGCUAGGUCUGCCUACAGUCAGCUCCUCAAGAUUCGUUCUAUGGUCCAGAACAAUUUGCUUGCAUUUCAACUAGCCAAACCGAUCAAGGUGUUCUGGAAAUAUGGAGAGAAAAAAUCUGGCAUGUUUAAAUCUCCUCUUAGAGCUAAACCUCCUGGUAAGUCAGCAGCUACAGAGGGGAAACCUAAUACCAUCAAAGCUCAAAAGCCAGCAGCUGCAGCAUCUACUGCAUCUACAACUGAUGGUGCUGCUACUUCAGAAGCAACUCCCACUGUUGGCACAGCUAGUGCCCAGGACAACAUGACUGCAGUUCCACCUAUCACUACAGACCAAGUUACCCGGACUGACGCUGAUAUUAUGACUGAAGAAACAUCCACUCCUGGGAUUAAAGAAAUGGAUACCCAGAGUGAUGAUGAAACUGUAAUAAUGACCCCAGAUACUGACCCUGUGAAAACAGAGCUUGAAGUUGCAUCCUCUGUUCCCAAUGCAGAACCUGCAGUUUCACUCGAGUCUUCAAAAGCAGAGAUUGAAGUUGGAUCCUCCAUUCUUUCUUCAGAAUCUGCAGUUGCAGAUGAGUCUGAGAAGGCAGAGCUUGAAUUGGCAUCAUCGUGUCUCUUAGAAGAACCUGCAGUUUUAGUGGAACCAGUAAAUGUAAAGCAUGAAUUGGCUUCCCCAGUUCCCACCACAGAAUCUGCAGUUUCAAUUGAUACAGCUGAUCAGAAUACGGUUUCACCUGUGGACAAUCAGAAUAUCCCAAAGGAUCAAGAUGUUUCCAAAGAAUUGGUUCUUACAUCUGUGGAAGAUAAUGCAAUUGACAAAGAAAAGUUGGCAAAAGACAGUGAUGUUGAGUUGAAGUCAGAAAUGGAGGUUGUUGCUACAACUGCUAGCAGUGGAGAAACUCCAGUGGAGGCCAUGGAGACUCGGAGUCAAGAAGAACUUACCAAGGGCACUGAUGUUAUUGAGGGUAGUUGUGCACCACAGGAGAAUGAGAACAAAAUGAAUGACCUUAAACCAACUGAACCUUUUGAAACCAAUAAUAACCCUCAACAAAUUGAUGACACUAAAGCAACUGAACCUUUUGAGAGUGAAAUUAACACUCAACCUAGUGAUCAAAUCCAACCUGGUGAGAAGCUUUUCCAGGCAGCCAUCGCAUCUGACACUAUUCCAAGCUCAGAUCCUGCCUCUGACCUGCCUUCCACUUCUGAUCAAACUGCCUCAAACAGUCCCCAAACUGUGCCUCUGCAAUUUGAUGAUAUGACAGUGGACUUUCCUCCAGUUACACAUGAGAUUUUAAAGGCAUUUGAAUUAACUGUUCAUCAGUGUCGCAUGCCGUCUUCAUUAAAACACGCUGAAAGGGAAGCCAAACAAAAGUCUGAAGCAGAGAAAAAAGCUGCUGAGAAAACAACCAACAAGGUUCCAUCAAGCUCCAAGAAGCCACCCUCAUCAGAUAAAGUGGAUAAAACUGCUCAUGCGGUGAAGAAAGCAACCAAAUCUGAGAGCAAAUGGGUGCUGCCUGAGAAAGAGAAAAAGCCUCAGAACUCCAGAACUAGAAGCAGACAGAUGGCCACCUUGUCCCCAGAGGAGGAGGCAGCUUCUAAGCACAGGAGCAGGGGGAAUUCUGAAGAAGAUUCCCCUUCAACAAGGUGUUCCACACCACCGUCAGGGUCAUCCUCCCGGAAGAGCAGGCGUGAAUCUAGCCCCCCAUCAAAAAGAUCAAGGGGGCAUGUUGAUGAUCGCAGGAGUCAUAGUAAGAGCUCACAGCCCUCAAGAAGUCGCUCAAAAACAAGUAAAAUCGAAAAGGCUAAAGAGGAAGAGACUAAAUUAUCUGAGGAACCAUUUCCCUUUAACAUUGAUGAGUUUGUGACAGUCGACGAAGUAGGGGAUGAUGCAGAGGAAACUAUGACCUUAAGCUCUGAGUCUUCAGCCAAGGACGAGAAAGUCCAGGAUGUUCCCAAUGCUCUCUCCACCAUCUCUUCUAAUGCAAAGUCUACUCCAGCUAAUGAACCAAAACAAAAGACAAGGUCUAGAUCUACAACUAACAAGACUAGAUCUUCUGAGACCAAGGACCCUAAAGUUAUUGACACUGCAGAUAAAAUGGAAACCAAGACUGAAGAAACCAUGCCAGUUGCUGAGAUUGUAGAAUCUCAAAAGCAGGAAGAGAACGAGCCUCAGGAAGAGAGCAUGGAUAACCAACUGGAAACUGUUGCAGUGGAACCUGCUGUUGUUGAGAGUGAGAGUACUGAGCUUUAUACUCAUCUAGGAGCUUCAGCUUCUGCAGAGGAGAACCCCAGUGUUCAGACACGGACCUUUUCUUCCAUGAAAGAAAGCAGUGACAUUGAACCAACCCAGCCUGUUUCUUCCUCCCCUGUCCAGAAGGAAGACUGCCAACCAACUUCUACAAAAAAGUUAGAGAAAUCAGAAAAUGGCAAUGCCGAGCAGUCUGAAACUUCUGCUUCAGACAUGGAAGAUAAAGAUAAGGCAGCUGUGAUGUCUGAACUUCCCUCCCAUGAUGCUAUGGUGACUCUUGAUGAGGUCAGUGAGGGUGAGGAGGAUUUUCCUGAAAAAGCAGAUGAGGAACAACAUUCAAUGGCUGAAGAAGGCCCUGAGGCACUUUUGACUGUCAAUGAAGUUGUAGAUGAGGAAACGGGGUGUGAAGAAUACCAGUUGGACAAAGAACUUCAAGGCCUGGUCACACUUGAUGAGAUUGCUCAAGAGGAGGAGGAGCUUGAUUCAUUCAAACCGGAGACUCUUGUAACCCUGGAUGAGACCAAGGGUGAUGAUGAGGAGAUUGAGGAAGUGGAGCAGAGUGAGACCAAGCCUACCAGUCCCAACUUCAAAACACCACCCAGGCCAGAGGAGCCUGCGCAAUCACCAAGCCAAGAGGAAGAUGCCUGUGACUUGGAAGAGUUUUGUACGAUGAACUUUGUAACUGUGGAUGAAGUAGGGGAGGAGGAAGAGGAACAGCCACCCAGUGAAGAGGUCAAGGUACAGGAGGCAGUAAAAAAGACAGCUACAAGGGCCAAAAAGAGAGCUCGCCAGACUUCAGUGAGAAGAUCCACAAGGGGUAAAAGAGGGGCAGCAAAGAGUGACAAAGAGCCAGAGGAGCCUGAGAUGAGUGCAGAGGGUGAACCAGCACCAACUGCCUCCAAACCUGAGAGUCCACCUUCAGCUCCAGACACUGUAGAGCUUGAUAAGCCAGACUCCCAAAAGGCUGAAACCGUUAGAGUUCCAGAUUCAUCUAGCGCAGAGGUUGUCUCUUCAGGGUCAGAAGAGAGGACUGGAGUCGAAGUUGAUGACAACUCGGAGUCAGAAAGAGUUGUUGUUGAAACGCCUGUUGCUGACAAAAAAACAACAAUCAAAGAAGAGUUUAAACAAAGACGAGAGACCGAGACGAGGGAGGCACCCGAAGCCAAGAAAGUCUGUUCUCAUUCCCCUGUGAUUGAAGAUUUCACCUUGCCCCCAUAUAGUCCAGACAACCCCAUUGGGGCUGACUUUGUGGUGCCCAAAAUGGGUUUCUUCUGCAGACUUUGCUCUCUAUUCUAUGGAAAUGAGGAAACUGCAAAGAAAAGUCACUGUGGUAGCCUACGGCAUUACCAGAACUUGGAGAAAUAUUAUAAGAAGCUCAAGUCUCAGCAGCAGCGUGGCAAAUCAACACUGACAACGUCCAGUCAAAGUUCUGCAUCCGAGUAGCCUAUCUUAAUUUUUUGUUUGUUUGUUUAUUUGUUUUAUUAUUAAUGUUAAUGGAUGGGUCCAAUUAUUCAGUUGUAAAGUUUUAUUAAUAUUUCUUGUUUAGAAUAAAAAGCUCUUGCUAAAUAAAGAGAACGUAGAACAUGUA